AUGGCAUACUUAGUCGCCCGUACCCACGAUGCCGUUACGGGUGAGUUCCAUUCCCAAUUCACCCUAGCGGCAAAUCUUGUGGACAUGAAAAACACGUUCUGGUCCCUUAUAACAGCAAGAGUAGAAGGAACCAUUUGCUCCAAAGAACCGGAUGGAUCAUGGGUCCCCGAGAACCUUCCCCCAGGUCGAAGCGAAAAGUGGCCCUCACUUGUUCUAGAAGUUGGGGUCUCUGAGUCGAAGAAGAAGCUCCGAGCAGACGCCGACUGGUGGCUUGCGAACUCCGACGGACAAGUUCAUGUUGUGAUAAUCAUAUCGAUCAAUCGGACUGUGGCUAGGGUCACAUUUGAAACCAUUGUGCUUGAGCAGCCACCAACAUAUAUGCCCAACGGUCAGCGUCGGUACCGGACAGAGAUCCGCCAGUCAAUUGUGGUCUCCCGCGCACAGGGUGGCCCAGGCCAACCGAUUACUACGGUGCCCAAUACCUCACCACUCAUAAUUACCUUGGAAGAGGUGCUCUGCCGCCCCCCAAAUGCCCCGGAGACCGACCCACUGAUUCCUAUUUCCUCCCUAGAGAGGAUUGCAAGUGCUGCAUGGCGUUGGCAAGGCCUCUGA